CGCCCCGCCCCGCGGGGAGGGGACGGGACAGGGCUUCCGCCGGUUGCAGUUGCACACCAACGGCUGCAACGGCCGAGCUGCAACGGUAAACGGUAAAUAAACGAUAAACGGCAACGGCAGCAGCCCCCGCUUGCUGCCCGCCAUGACGCGCUGGGCCCGCAAAGCCGCCGCCGAGGGGGGCAAGGCGCUGCCGGCCACCCCCUGGGAGGAGAUGGCGACGGCGGCGCCGGCGAGGAAGAGGAGGAGGAAGAAGGAGUACGCGGACCGCGACGUGAACGGGUUCGCUGCCCACCUCAGGAGGGCGGCGGCGGGCGGCGAGCAGCAGCAGCAGCAUGAGGAGGAGGAGAGGGGAGAGGAGGAUGAGGAAGAGGAGGCGGCGGCCGCGAGGAAGGCGCUGCGGCGGGAGGGCCGGCGGCUGAGGCGGCAGGAGGCGAGGAGGAGCGCCAUGGUAUGUUUCCACUGUAGGGAACCUGGCCACGGUGUUGCUGAUUGCCCAGCGGUGCUUGAAAGUCAAGAUAUGGGCACAGGGAUCUGUUACCGGUGCGGGUCCACAGAACACGACAUCAGCAAAUGCAAGGCAAAGAUCGAUCCAGCUGCUGGGGCAUUUCCGUAUGCAAAAUGUUUUAUCUGUGGCGAGAUGGGGCAUCUGUCAAGGUCAUGUCCAGAUAAUCCCAAAGGAUUGUAUGCUGAAGGGGGCUGCUGCAAACUCUGUGGCUCUGUGGAGCACUUCAGAAAAGACUGUCCGGAGAACAAGAACUUAGAUCAGGUUACUGUUGGGCGAUGGGCCACUGGAAUGAGUGCUGAUUAUGAAGAAGUUACAGAAACACCCAAGCCGCAAAUACCCAAAGUGAAAGCACCGAAGGUUGUUAAUUUCUGAAGGCCUCUGUUGGAUGCUAAGCCACAGCUACAGCUUCACUUCAGAGUGGGACUGCUAGAGUGGACUGAACUGCAGGUUCCAGAAAAUCGAGCGGACUGUUGCUGCUGAAGUUGUGUCCCUGAUUUUUCAGUUUGCCUCCCAGACUCAUCUAGCUUACUGAAAAACUGGGAACAGCAGAAAUGCAGCAAGCGGGUAUUUCAUUUUUAUAUAUUUUUGCAGAAAUACAGCUUUCUGUCUGAUUCACAUUCCCUCGUAUGGCUAGUUCUCUGAAGGGGGAACUCUUGAGGAGAAAAAUCGGUUUCCUCUCAUAACACAAAUCUGGUUGCAGUAACCACACAUGGCACCUGCCCUGUAUCACGCGGGUUUAUGACCCGUGGAUCCAGCUGGUCAGGAGGGUUAACUAACGAGUGCUGCUGCUGUCGGGUAUGAAUACAGUUGUGCUGAUCUUGAGAGUCUUUCUGCAUUUCUCUGAAAGUGAUUGUGGGUAUGUUCUAACCACUCUUGUUGGGUUCUAGUGUGCCUUCUAGGAAGUGAUUUUGUGCUCUGCAUGCACACACGUGACUUGUCUUACAGCAAAGUUAUCGGGUAAGCCCUACAGAGCUGUGCGAGUCCUGCCUUCUGUCUGGAGAGCUUAGGGGUGCAAUUCCUUCUGUUCGUGGUAGAUCAGCUCAGGAUGGAUGUGCAUUGAUCUGAUAGUUGAUGUGUGUUUAAUUAUCUGAGCACUUAUUCACUAAUGAGCUGAAUCAUGCCCUUCCUCUGAUACCCAUCAUGAAAUACACCUGAAAAUAGUUGGAGGGCAAGUGAGCAGCUUGCUUAGUUUGUUUACUUUUUUAUGGAAAGGGUUCAGAAAUCUUGCUCUUCAGUAUUUCUGAUCCUUUGGGUUUUACUCUUUAUUUAAACAUGCUUGCCUAAUGGCAGAUUUAUUAUUAAAUGAAAGUGCAGCCUGCACUUGGAAAAACUGGUACUUGUAACAAAAGUCACUUAAGCCAACAGAGAAUGGAGUGCCUGCAGCAACUCUCAAAAUACUCUCCCGAUUCAUCCUGUGCAGUCAACAGUGGUAGACUUUUACUUGUGUCUAAUUACCUGAUCUAAGAUGAGAAGUUAACCCCGAGCCCAUCUCACGUGCUGCUUUUCACUGUGAGGCAGUGUUGUGUCGCAGCGCUGGCAGGUGCUGUGUGGGAUCUCUGUGCAUCGCCCCUGCACUGUGCAGCGUGGGCUCAGUGCCCGCACCGCUGGGCUUCCUCGUGCUGCACUUCUGCAGCGCUGCCCCAGGACAGAUGCAGCACUUUGGUGCUCCAGAAGUCUUAAAAGUGCCUUCUAACAGCUUCAGCUGUCCUGACAUAGUGAUGAGCAACAGUCUUUGAGGGAAAGCUAGCUGCUAAUAAAGCUGUUGCAUAAGAAUCGAUUUGUCCUUUAAAUAAAUGUCCUAACAGUCCGUACAGUGCGCUGUCAAGAAUGUGAAAGUAACAGCAAACUUGAGCUCAGAGCAGGUUUUCAAGAUUCUUAGCACCAAGCACUGAAUCUAUGGGUUUGGGAUUUACAUUUCUUAAAGCAAGAACUAAACAAAACACAAACAAAAGGAAUUUAAUUGUCUCAAUACAUGUUUUGUAUAUGCCCUGUUUUGUUUUAAAUAAAAUGCUGGUAAAGAAUACCUUA